AAGUGUGACAGUGGUGGCUCUGAGUGGAACCCACAGCUCGGAGCCUGCAUUGGGCGCCAGUGACCCCGCGCAGCGCCCUCGCCCGCACGGACCUGCCGCCCUUUAACAGGGGUCAACCCCGGGGUCGGCGGUGACCACGGCGCUUUAUACCGGACUCCCCGGAAGGGUCUGCUCGGAAAGAACAGGGUCUAGAAAGCGGCAGUGUUUCUAAAAUAAGAUCACUUCUCCUGAGUACGUCAUUUUUUUCCCCCUUUGUGGUUAGGACCGUGUACAGUUCCCUGCGUCUCUGGUGGUUUACCUAAGCCUACGAAUAUCACCUUCUUUUCCAUAAACAUGAGGAAUAUCCUACAGUGGAGUCCGCCAGAGGGUCUACAAGAAGCUGAACUUACUUACACUGUGCAGUAUUUCAUCAGAUAUGGGCAAAAAAAAUGGCUGAAUAAAUCCGAAUGUAGAAAUAUCAAUAGGACCUGCUGUGAUCUCUCUGUGGAAACUUCCGAUUAUGAACAUCAAUAUUAUGCCAAAGUUAAGGCCAUUUGGGAAACGAAUUGUUCCAAAUGGGCAGAAACCGGACGAUUCUAUCCAUUCUUAGAGACACAAAUUGGCCCACCAGAAGUUGCUUUAUCUACAGAUGAGAAAUCAAUUUCUAUUGUUCUGACGGCUCCAGAGAAGUGGAAGAGAAAUCCAGAAGAAAGUUCUAUUUCCAUGCAACAAAUUUACUCUAACCUGAAGUACAACGUGUCCGUAUAUAAUGCUAAGUCUAAUAGAACGUGGUCCCAGUGUGUGACCAACCGCACGCUGGUGCUCAGCUGGCUGGAGCCAGACACCCUGUACUGCGUGCGUGUGGAGACCUUUGUCCCAGGGCCCCCUCGCCUUGCUCAGCCUUCUGAGAAGCAGUGUGUCCGUACUCAGAAAGAUCAAACAUCAGCAUUGAAGGUUAAAAUCAUCUUCUGGUAUGUUUUGCCCAUAUCUGUUGCCGUGUUUAUUUUUUCUGUGAUGGGCUACUCCAUGUACAGAUAUAUCCAUGUUGGCAAAGAGAAACACCCAGCAAAUUUGAUUUUGAUUUAUGGAAAUGAAUUUGACAAAAGAUUCUUUGUACCUGCUGAAAAAAUUGUGAUUAAUUUUAUCACCCUCAAUAUUUUGGAGGAUUCUAAAAUUUCUCAUAAGGAUAUGAGACACGUAGUGGAAAAAAGCGACGCUGGGUCGGACGGGGAUGAGCCCAGUGGGGACCAGCGGCCGCGUCAGGUGGAAAUGGAGGUGAAACACUUAGGGUAUGCUUCACAUCUGGUGGACAUUUCCUGCGACUCUGGGGAAAGCACCCAGGGCACUUCCCUAACCCAGCAAGGGUCACCAGGCAGAGCAAUACCCACCGAGAAGGCAGUUGUUGAAUACGAAUAUGAUGUAAGAGCUGCCGACGUUUGUGUGGGGCCUGGCGGCCCUGAGCUCAAUUUGCAGGAGAAGGUGUCCCUACAAGGAACAUUCUUUGAGCAACAGGCUGCUUUGGCAGACGUGAGCCCCCAGGCACCACUGUAUUCGUAUGCCCCUCAGCUCCGAGACCUGGACCAGUUGCUGCAGGAGCACGUGGGCACAGAAGAGGAGCGCAAGGAAGAGCCGUCGACCACACUGGUGGAUUGGGACCCUCAGACCGGCAGGCUGUGCAUACCGUCCUUCCCUAGCUUUGAACAUGGCUCAGAGGGAGGCAAGCAGCCUGAGUCCAAGGAGCUCGUGGAGGAGGGCCUUUUGUCUAGACUGUAUGAGGAGCAGGCUCCAGACAAGCCAUCGGAAGACAAUGAAACCGACCUCCUGAAAUUUAUGGAGGAAUGGGGACUCUAUGUGCAGAUGGAAGACUGACACCCAAACUUCCCUUUGCCACACCCCUACUGUUACAAGGCACAUGGGUGCAAACGUAUAAGGGACUGAAAAAUAAAGUAUGUGGGAUAAAAGAAAUUUGA